UUAAAUUUUUUAUUGAAUUUUUCUCUUUCUUUAAGGUCCCCACAUUUUACAGAGAAUGAAUGGCUGUGAGUGGGAUGAUGAGACUGGAGAAGUUACAGGAUUUAAUCAGCAUGGUUUUAAUGGUGAAGACUUCUUAGCCCUGGACUUGAAGACACUGACAUGGACUGCUCCAAAAUCACAAGCUGUGCUCACAAAACUCAUAUGGGAUGCUGACAAAGCUAGAUUAAAACGUCUUAAAUACUCUUGCAUGCACGAAUGUCCUGAGUUGUUGAAAAAUUAUAUUCGUGAUGGAAAGAGCUUUCUGCAGAGGACAGAAAGCCCCUCCAUAUCUCUGCUCCAGAGACCCCCCUCUUCUGUGGUCAGCUGCCCCUCUACAGGUUUCUUCCCUGGCAGAGCUGAAAUGUUCUGGACUAAAGACGGAGAAGAAAUUCACGAGGAUGUUGAGAAAGGAGAGAUCCUCCUCAACAAUGAUGGGACCUUCCAGAUGAGUGUUGAACUCAAUGUUUCAUCAGUCCCACCUGAUGGCUGGAGGAGAUACGACUGUGUGUUUCAGCUUUCUGGUGUUGGAGACGACAUAAAAAUCACUCUGGAUAAAUCUCUCAUCCGUACAAACUGGGCUUAUCCUCCAGAGUUUCCAGUUGCUCCUGUUUCAGGAAUUGUAGGAGGAGUUCUUCUUCUGGGAAUUGCUGUAAUUGUCCUCUGGAUGAAGAAACGCACUGGUUUCCAGCCUGUUGAUGGUAACUAUUCACCAUUUAAGUAU